UUUGUCCCUACCAACAAACGCGUCUCUCGUGGUGCUCUUAUUAUUUCUCCUACACUUUCCCUUUCUACUUUUCCUGCUGAUUUCGCCAAAAAGCUUCCCUUCUUCCAUCUCGUCCUUUCUCCGCCGCUGCUGCUUUGAAUCCAGGUUUUGCCUUUAGACAGACUAGCUGUGAUCUAACAAUAUCUUUAUUCCUUUCACUGCACUCCUCACUUUUUCACCGUAGUGCUGCACACCUAAAUUAUCUUGUGUGAAGGGUUCUUUUCAUUAGGUUAUCCCUUUUUGCACUGACCACCACCACAGCAUCACCUCCUCACCUUUACAGACUUUCUUUAUGUCUUUUCUCUCCCCUGCCUUCACGUCUUUUUUUGGUUUCAUCUGGUGAAAGUGUAAAAUAUAAACAAGUUACUGCAGAGCUCAAUCCUCUUACAAAUUCAUAGGGUUAACUUGUAUGCACUCAGGAUAAUACGCUGGUGACCACACAAAGAUAGCAUCCUCCGAGGGCAUAAAUAAUAAGAACGCUGCGUAGAAAAAAGGCUACACGUUCAUAUAGAGCUCGCUUUCAUAUACCCGCAAUCACACAUAAUCCACGAGUCGAAAUCAUCAGUCAUGGCACAUAAAGCCAUCAACGUCGUCGUCAACAAGUCCUCUUGCCCUGGUGGAGAUACGCCCACCGCACAUUUACCUGGUUGCUUCCACUAAUUCAAUCCAAGAAAGAAGAAGUGGUCCAAGUAGUUCCAUUUGAAAACCGUGACUGUUUCCUUUUCUCAUCAACAUUAACGCUCUUAAGAGGAAGGUGGCUUGGCAGUUGGCACAUAUACUGCCUUCUUUGCCCCUCUAGCAUUGAUUGAUUACCACCACGCACACACCCAUUACAUAUUGGUAUCAAUUAAGCCGACACAAUAGAAUUCGCAUGAUUUUUUUUCCUCUGAAAUUGCAAGCUCAACUUCAUUAUCGCAUGUCUCAUCCAAUCCCGAGUCACGAAACGGAUGCCGUAAUAAAGUGCACAUCACAUCAGGGUCCGGUUUGAUGGAAAAGUGUUUCAUGACAUAAAAGAGAAAGCAUAGGCAGUGGAAAAAGUCAGCUAGGAAAUAUAUACGACUCCGUAACCCACACAUUCUCUCUGGCUCUAAUAGUUUCCUUUCCGUCUUUGUUUUGUGUUUCGGCUUGUAUGCAUAGAAAUUGGCGUGUUAAUGCAGUUUCUCCUCGUUCCGUUCGUACCAUCGUGUCAUGAUAGUCAGGACAAGAUUGUCGUUCUGCCGUUCUGUUUACAACUCACUUUAUCACCGCAUCUAUAGCAUAGUUAUUUAGAUUCCGGUACAUUUAUUAUUACCUGUGAUAUUUCUGCUGUGUGACUCGGGGACUUUGUAACCCCAUCCACUCACUUAUUUUUUUAAGUCAACGGGGAGAAAGCAUGCGUUGAAUUGGGUUUCUCCAGUAGCAGAUACAUAAAAAGAAAUACAUUCGGAUACAGCAGCAUAGUACACAUGCAAACGAGAGAGAGAGAGAAUUGCAGAUAUAAUUUUGGUUGCUAGCCAAGCUUCACUUUCACUUUACUGUUUUAGUAGUAAUUUGGGCGGUAGUAUAUGUAAGUAGUCCUCGUAAUAGUAGUUGUUCUUUGUUUGCAUGCAAUUUUACCUCACUACACGCAAAGUAAUACCAUUCAGGGCAGGAAGAACGACCAAAGUUGAGAAGCUGCAGGAGUCUAGUUUAAAAGUGAGAUUCGGAGAGAAAGCAUAGUCGGAUAAGAACUUAUCUUUCUUUGUGGUGCGAUGUACUCGCUGGAAAUGACAACUGUCGCAGUGUCGGACUUUACGGAGGAGAUUUACUACAAAAUGCAAAGUGUCGAGUCCGACAAGUUUAUGGAGUAUUGCAACACCAUCAACGAGUCGGCGACAGAGUCUGCAAAAAAUGUGACAAACGGAGUGAAAACCAUUUUUGCAAAAAUCAUGGCCAACGUGUUUGAAGAUGAGUGGAAUGAGAAUAAUCCUCUCUUGAUUGAUUUGGUCGUUCGCAACGUUUUGAAAUACCUGCCAAUGAAAGACCUCACUUGUUGCCGACAAGUCUGUCAACUCUGGAAUAGCGAAGCCUCUGCACAUUUGAGACAAAGUCAGCGAAUCUUCUUUUAUCCCGAGUCGACCCAGAAAAUGACUACUUUCACCUCGUUUGUCGCACAAUCAAAGCAGCAAUCGUCGGACACGACGGAAACGGGAUCUUAUCCAGCCCUCGAGUAUCGCGGACCCCCAUUUUCCACCUAUUGUUUCACUGCACAGUACACCACGACCCAAUUUCCUCACCACAUUAUGCAAACUUUUGUCUCAACUUGUGGCGAGUAUGUGAGAAAACUUGAGAUUUUCUAUCCCGACGAUGCAUUCCUCUCUCCACAAGACUUUGCGACUUUCUUUCUUCUCGGAAUGCCAAAUCUGGAGUCUAUCCAUAUUGUCAACCUGCCUCAAAAUUUAACGCAAUCCUCAUUUAUUGAAGAAUCUCUCAAAAUUAAUGAUGAUGACGAGUCGUCAUCAUUGACCAGUAAUAAAACACGACCAUCUCAUCUCCUAAGUGCAGUUACCCACCUGAGAAUAGAUCGAACCUGGCAAAUUGAUACAGUUUGGGGGGUAAACUUUCUCCAAGACCUCCUCAGCCUCAUGCCCAACUUGGUAGAUUACGAAUUGUGGACAUGGAACUCGACGACGGAGGAUGAGCAUUCUGAACCUUAUCUGAUUUCCCUUUCUCCACGACACAUACAAAAUUUAAGAGUCCUGCGACCCGGCUCGAUUGGCGACCGACUUGGCGUCGCGAUCGCUUCGAUGGGCCUUAAGCUUACAAAGCUGUACCUCCCCGUGUUGAACAGAGCAGUGACGGCGGAAGUGAUAGAGCAGCUCCUAUACAGCCAAAAAGGCACCUUGGAGGAAUUUCAGCUAAACUGCUCCACGAUGCAGGACUCAAGAUUGUUAACGUUCCCCCGGAUGGAGAAACUCCUCAGCCUUCACAUCAUGAUAACUCACCCAUGGAACAAUGAUUAUACGCCGUUCACACCUCCGAUCGACUAUGGCACCCAGUUCCCUAGGCUGGUCACACUUCGGGUCGAGUUGGCCAUUUAUAACGAUGCAAAUUUCAUCAACUAUUUCUUCCCUCUUGGAAAUAAGACACAAGCUUGUAAGACAUUGCGAGAGCUGGACAUUAGCUUUAGUGGAUUUAGAAAUGACAAAUUCAUCGAAACUGUGGCAGCAAUUUUCCCCUCAGUCAAAAAACUUAGAUUGGAUGGGUACGGGAACAAGAUUUUCGCUUCAAUUUUCCUUCACAUGCAAAACUUGGAGAGCCUUGAGCUCUACUUAAUUUAUGGAUUUAAUGUCGACGAUCAAAUGACGGGGAUUUCCAAGGACGUCUGUUCAAGGGUGAGGAAGAAUGAUAAGGUUUUAAGAGCAGGAGGGUUACUCGACUACGUUGUCGUGAAUGCAUCGCUUUGCAGUUUAAAGAAAUUGCGUUCAUUGGCGAUCAAGCAGAAAGACUAUCAAGCCAAGUUUUGGCCGGAUGCGCAAUGCAUUACGAAUAUUACGGCAUACGUGGCAUUAUCGCAAAUGAAGCAAUUGUCCCAUCUUCACAUUGAAAGUGUAAAGUUUACCCAAGAAUGUAAGCAGAACUUGGCCCAAGCCUUGGAAAAUUGCUGGUUGGAUUUUACAUAGAAUAAUCACUUAUUUUGUCAAGAUACUUACUAAACAAAAAGCGAAUUAUACUAACAACUAGAACUAUCUAUAUGUAUAUUAUAUUGAACUGGAACCAUAUUAUAUUAUUCUACUAGAGGCAGAAAAACGAUUUUAGCUCGAGCCAGGAUUUAUGGAAGUGUAUGACUGUAUGUAUUUCUGGGAGACGCUAGCGGACGAACCACAUUCGACCAUCUCCACCUCGGGGUGGUUAUAGUUCGUUCAAUUCGGACAAAAAUUUAGAAAUGGAUUCUGUUCCUGACUCGGGCUAAAUGAAGUAGAUUUUUUGUAUAUUUAGAUGCACAUCUUUUGCUCAGAUAGAAGAGAUUGCUCAAAAUAACAUGCUGCUAGAGCUGCUAGUUACUAAUGAUAACGUGCAAAUAUUGUUGUAGAUUUUUUUAUGAAAGCAAGUAUACUGUUCAACUCUGAAAAUGAUGAUUUCGGAAAAAUGAAACUACAGGACCUUCAAUGACAAAUAAUCUAGAAUAGACAUGAUAACUUAAGGAGAAAUGAAUAAUAUUCAAAAUAUAUAGCGAGUAGAUAAUGUAAUGUCAAAGUCAAAUUAUUAUUAUUAUGUGUCAUUGUAGAAGAUGAAAUAAACACAAAUUAAAGAAUGUAUGGCGACUUAUACUCAUA